AUGCGCAGGUUCGCAUACCUUGCACUCCUCCCUCUUGCCGCUGCGGUACCCCAUGCGGCCAGAUCCGCAGAGCCCAACUAUGACUAUGUGAUUGUUGGAGGCGGCACCAGUGGCCUGGUCGUGGCGAACCGUCUAUCCGAGCUUGAAGAUAUCCAUGUCUUGGUUAUCGAAGCCGGAGGCUCCGUGUACAACAACCCCAAUGUCACCGAUACCAACGGAUAUGGAAAGGCGUUUGGAACGGAGAUUGAUUGGGCAUACAAGACAGUGAAGCAGGAGUGGGGCGGUGGCACGACCCAAACAAUGCGUGCUGGAAAGGCCCUGGGAGGUACAUCUACCAUUAAUGGAAUGGUGUACUCUCGAGCUCAAAAGAGCCAGAUCGACGCGUGGGAAGAGGCCGGGAACAAGGGCUGGAACUGGGAUACUCUCUUCCCAUAUUACAAGAAAGGAGAGCAAUUCCAAACCCCAGCAAACUACUCAUGGUCUGAGGGAACUGGCAUUACCUACAACCCGGCCUAUCACGGAUCCACUGGCCCUUUGAAAGUUGGCUGGACCCCAACGCAAUUGAAUGAUGGCCUUGCUCAGACUCUGAACAAGACUUAUAAGAGCUUCACACCUUCUAUCGCCUAUAAUCAAGAUCUGAAUGGAGGUCAGAUGCUUGGCUAUUCGCUCUAUCCGUCGACUGUUGACUCGGACCUCAAUAUUCGAGAAGAUGCUGCAAGAGCAUACUACUACCCCUACCAGGCGCGACCUAACUUGGACGUCUGGCUCCACACCACCGCUAAUAAAAUAACAUGGCGGAAUGGUACUGAGGCCACUGCGGAUGGCGUUGAAGUCACCCUGAGCAAUGGCACUGUCACGGUUGUCAAGGCAUCUCGUGAGGUGAUACUUGCUGCGGGUGCGUUGAAAUCGCCACUAUUGCUUGAACUUUCCGGCGUGGGAAACCCAGAUGUUCUCUCCAAAUAUAACAUUAAAACCAAGGUCAACCUUCCAACUGUCGGCGAGAAUCUUCAAGACCAAAUGAACAAUGAGCUGGCCUGGGAAUCCAGGGUCAACCAUACUGGAACGGCCGAUUAUCUGCUCAAGAAACUUCCAGCAUAUGCAGCCCAGAUUGCUUCUGCAAAUGGCAAUGUUACUCGCGCAGAGGACAUUCUUCGAUUCUUCAAGAUUCAGUGGGACCUGAUCUUCAAGUCCCACAUCCCCGUUGCUGAAAUCCUAGUGGAGCCAUCGGGCAAUACAUAUACCAUGGAGUACUGGGGCUCUGUACCAUUUUCGCGCGGCAAUAUCCACAUUUCUUCAUCCGAUCCCGCCGCUCCUGCAAAUAUCGACCCCAAGUACUUCAUGCUGGACUUCGAUCUUCAUUCCCAGGCUCAGGCAGCUCGCUUCAUUCGCACCCUCUUCAACACACAUCCCUUUGCCGCUACCGCUGGCGCCGAGACAACCCCAAGCCUAUCUACCGUAGCAGCAGAUGCUGAUGAUGCCAGCUGGGCGUCUUAUUUGAAACCGAACUUCCGUUCAAACUUCCAUCCUAUUACCACUGCGGCCUUACUACCAAAGGAGCUGGGUGGUGUUGUCGAUACGUCUCUCAAGGUAUAUGGCACGUCUAAUAUACGGGUUGUAGAUGCCUCUGUCAUCCCAUUCCAAGUUUGCGGGCAUCUUUCUAGUACGGUGUAUGCUGUAGCCGAGCGCGCAGCAGAUAUCAUCAAGGAACAGAUGUGA